AUGAUCGUCAAAAUGUUUGUGGCUCUCUAUGUCUCAUUAUGGUCGACACUGUCAUCCUGGGUCCGCAGCGAUGGCAGGUGCACAGGACAGGACGUAAUCAAACUUGGUUUUAAGGGAGAGCCGCUUAAUGAGACAUAUCCCACAAGACUUGGCCUAAUACGAUCUGUUAUCAUGCAAUGGGUUACAUUAGCUCCCGGUAUGAUAUCUUGCAAUCGCAGGAUGAUGCUUGCUGCAAAACUUCAAAAACUGCUUCGAAGGGACGGGCUGCAAAUCACACCUACGUGCCUGUACUGUUUCGUGGAAAAGGCACAAUGUGUGCAGACACACUGUUAUGAUUCCUGCCGAUCAGACGAGUACGGGGAGGGGUGUGUCAGCUGCGUGGACCAGCACUGCUUGCGCGGAUUUGCAAGAUGCGUAGGCACUGAGACUUUGAGUCCCGUUGACUGCAAAGAUUAUUUAAUGAAAACUGUAUAG